GCUGAGGCGGGGAUGUGGGGGUAGUCUAGUUGUUCAGGGUGUGGGGGGCAGUUGUGGUCGUGGAGCGGUUUCAAUCUUAAGGUCCCGAGGUAUAAUUGGGGUCCUGUGCUGUGGGGCAGUUUGUAUUGAGGGGCAUCUGAGGUCCUCUGGGGCAGUUGGGGUCGUGGUGCCCUGUGUGGAGCAAUUUCAAUCAAGGUCCUGUGGGGCACUUGGGCCUGAGGGAGAGUAGGGGUUGUGUGGGAUAGUUUUUUAUUGAGGGGCAUUUGAAGUCCUGAGGUCCUCUGGGGCAGUGGGUGUCGAGGGUUGUGGAGCAGUCGCUGUGGUGGGGUCCGGUGGGCACUUGGCAUUGUGUGGUCCUUGGAGUCCUGUUUUGUGAGUCAGUUGGCAUCCAGGUGAUGCAGGUGAUGCAGGAUCUUGUGGGACAGCUAGGCUUGUUGGCGCUUGUGAGCAGUAGGGGUCUCAGGGUCAAUUAGUAUUUUGACCGGUGUUGGGCUGGUGCCAUUUGUGGAUAUUUGUUCGGCACGCUGAUAACUGGGACCUUGGGUUAUUUGGGAUCUUGCUGCUGCUGUGUAAUUUGUAUUGGGGUUGCUGUGCUUAGUUCUGGGGUGGCCCUGAGCUCUGUUGGGGCCUCUGUAGUCAGAGGGUAUAGUGGACAGUUACAAAAGGUAUAACUGGGCCAUUAGUGCUGGAGACGCCCUGUGAGGGUUGUCCUGGAGGACACUGCAGCCAUGAAAUGUCUCCUGAUUGCCAGUGAGAGUGCUCAGGUCCUCUUUUACUGGGCGGACCAAGACUUUGAAGCAAGACUGAGACAACAGUUCGAAGAUUUGCCGGAGCAACACGGAGAGGCUCAUAUCCCGGCCUUCGAGGACAGCAUCAACACUCUAUUUGCACCACUUCUCAUUUCCUGCAUCACCCUGAAUGAGAAGAUCUCUGAUACGUACACCUCAUUUAUCAGUGAGAACAAUUACAUCUUCACAGUCCACCAGUUUGGUGAGUGCACUUAUAUCGCAGUGAAUGGAGAUGGUUCAGAGAAUGAGGACGAUUUGCGCCGAAAGAUAUUUGUGCUGAAGAAGAUUAUUGAUUUGCGGUUUGGAUUGGUGACUCUAGAUGCUGGCAUCCUAAAGAAAACGUUGCGGCCCCAAGACACUGAGCAACGGUGCAAGGUAUGGAAGAUGCUCCAGGGCCUGCUGGUCACUUACAGCCACCUGAGAGAGGAUGACCAGAGUUUCCUUGUCGAGGCAGUGGAGCGUCUGAUCCAUCCCCAGCUGUGCCAACAAUGCAUCGAGUUCCUAGACCGAUAUGUUGUCCAACAGAUUAAUGGCAGUGUGGAGAGGGCCAAUGAAGAGGUGGUGCACACCUUCAUCCUAGUGCACACCAAGCUCCUGUCUUUCCUUUCAAGUCGUAAUGCCAGUUCCCUGAGACCUUCAGACUUGCUGUCACUGAUUUUGAUCGCUCAAGAUAUGUACCCAAGUGAUGAUAAUCUGGAAGUGCAAACUGACAAGGACCUGGAGAAAUCCCUAGAGACUGGAGAAUUUAAUACACUCAAGCUGUCAGCUGCCGCACAAGAAGAAGGAGGCUCACAGGGAUGUAAUUUGCACCAGGUCACACAGCCAGCGAUAAAGGUUGCAAAAGACACAGAGCAGAGUCUCGAAUCGUGUCCUUCCAGGGAUACUGUCCCACUAAGAGUUUUUCUGGAUGCCAGUGUAAAGGAUAAUUACUGCCCCAUGAUGCCUCACAACAUGUAUUGCAUGCCCCUUUGGCCCGGGAUCUCUCUGGUGCUGCUCACCAAGGUUCCUAACAGUCAAGUUGCAGUGUCUUUAUAUCACCUCCUGGAUGCAUUAACUGUGAUUGAGGCCAGACUGAGUGAAGGACAGGAGCUUGGACACUCUUCCCAUACCCAUCCCAACAUGUCAGACCUAAAGCAAAAGAUGGAUAAAUUCAUAAAAGCUAUUGGAGUCCUAAAGCAGCAGUUGCAAUCUGCCUGGGUGGACUUCAAGAGCAAAGCAUUUUCUAAAGUCAACGCUGGAAAUCCUCCAGAUCUGUUGCAGGCCUGUCGGAAUGUGAAGAGCCGGCUGUGUUUGGUUUAUCAACAUUACUUCCUGUUAAAACCUGCAGGGCAUUCUCAACACUUGACUAUCGACUUGCAGACCAAGACGCAAAAAAAUGUCCAGGAGAAGCUGAUGGACUGGAAGGAUUUCCUUUUGGUAAAAAGCAAGCGGAACACUACCAUGAUCUCCUAUCUCCAAGACUUCCCUGGACUGAUCCAUUUCAUUUAUGUGGAUAGGACAGUGGGCCACAUGAUUGCACCUUCUUUAAGCACAUCCAAAAAAUCUACAGAGCUGGGGAAAGGGCCACUAGCUGCAUUCAUAAAAAACAAGGUGUGGUCUCUUGUUGGUAUGGGCCAGAGAUACUUGCAGAAGGGGUAUACCACCCUGACAUUCCGUGAUGGGGAUUACUACUGCUGCUAUUUUCUCUGGUUUGAGAAUGAAGUUGGAUACAAGUUACCGGUCAUAGAGCUGCCAGUGCUGUCCGAUGACUCUGCUCCCAUUGGGAUGUUGACCGGAGAUUAUUACAGGAAACUAUUGCGAUACUACGGCAAGAACCACAGCUUGGAAAUGAUAAAGUGCUUCGAGCUGUUCACCAUCCACUUUGGGGUCAUACCCGCGGAUUUUAUCGUUCAGCAAUGCUGUGAUCUGGCACGCAGGUUGUGGGAGCCCUCUCGCAUCCCCCUCUUCUGAAACAAGACCAACAUUGGAAGUCCAGAGAAUGGUUUUUCUUUGUGGACAAUGGAUGUUAGUGGUGAGGACUAGCCUGCUGAAGUUUUGCUUUUAGCGAUACAGCAUGGAAGCAGGUCCUUCAACCCACCGAGUCCGAGCCGACCAUCCCUCACCCAUUUACGCUAGUUCUAUGUUAUUCCACUUUCUCAUCCACUGUCGACUCCAAACCAGCGAUCCCUAUACUAGCACUAUCCUACACACUUUACAGAAGCCGAUUAACCUACAAAUCUUUUGAAUGCGGGAGGAAACUGGAGCAUGUGGAGAAAAUCCAUGCAGUCACAGGGAGAACGUGCAAACUCCCCACAGACAGCACCCGAAGUCAGGAUCGUACCGAGAUCUCUGGCGGAGAAAGGGAGCAGCUCUACUGCUGCACCACUGUGCAGCUAAAAAAUUGUCUUUGUUUGAAAUGGCUGGAUAUUUGAAUUGUGAGCUAAAACUGAACCAUAAUGAACAGAUGAUUUUGAUAAAAAUCCACGUUGCAUAUAAAUCUUGUCCUUGGUCUGUCAAACUUAAAGAUAAAGAUACAUUUGGCUGCCCUGCCUCUGUCACGAGAUGGUUAUGAACAAUAAUGUCCGUUGGAGUUCCUCUCUGGUAAUGGUGUUUCAAAACUUUGUUUCCUUGCAUCUUUAGAGCAUAGGAUUGAUGGAAACCAGAACAAAUUGAACUGAUUUCUCCCAGGAUCACACAAUCAACAGAGCUGGUAGGAGUGAGAUGGAAGGUUGUUUAAAUGGCUAGCAGUGCAGAACUAACCAAAACUGGAAGUGUGUGUAGAGAUAGUCAUACAGCGUGGAAACAGGUCAUACGGCCCAAUUUACCCAUGAUAUCCAACAUGCCCCAUCUGGAAAAUGAUCAAAUGGCUUGGCUCUAGUUAUUGCUCAGCAUACACACUCAAUCUUUAGUUUGUGGGUUACUGCAAGCGAAGGUGAAUGACGAGCGGGGAAUCAGUGGAUGGAUCUUAGUUUGACUCCUUCACUCUAUUCUUCCUUCCCCCUCAUGCUCUACCUACUGAGUCUGUUUUGAGGGCAAUGUGGAGGGUGGGAUUCAAUCCUGGAUGGAUUGUGGAUCAAGAGAGUUGCAGAUGCAGAGUGGAACUGGUGGGGAAUUGUCAACAUUCAGGCUGAGUUUAGUUUAUUGUCACGUGUACCGAGAUACAGUGAAAAGCUUUUGUCAGCGGAAAGACUAUACAUGAUUACAAUUGAACCGUCCACAGUGUACAGAUACAGGAUAAAGGCAAUAUCAUUUGGUGCAAGAUACAGGAACUAACUCUAGGUGUCUGAUGUGUACUCUGUACCUGGGGGUGGUAGACCCCUCUGUCUCUCUGUCUCUCUCUCUCCCCCCCCCCCUUUGUGAAGAUGACCUUUGCCCAGUUAAUCAGUAACGCAGGAACUAUUUUGAAUAUUUCACAGCAACUCGACUGAGGAAGUUGUAAUAUGAAGUUAUAUACUCAUUAAAUAUUUGUUAUGUCAAGAGACCUUUGGACCAAGCAUGACAGCUGGUGAGCUCGGAGCUGCUGCUGCAUCCAAGAUAGAUACCGGGAUUAGUUAUUUUUAUGAAAUGAAGUGAGUUUUUGCAUGUCAAUAGACAUGAUCAAUAAAAUAAAAUAAACACC